CAUUCUGCCCGCACCAGUGUCAGCCCUGCGGUCAAGAUGAAACUCACUAUUGUGACUGCUGUCCUUCUCGGGGUCUUGUUGACUCCAACCCUUGCUGAAGACUUUCCGAAUCCAGAAGAAAAACACAUUGAUGUUGAAGGAGGCUACCAAGAGCUGAACCUCAACAACGAGAGGCACGUGGCAACUAUUGAGCAGAAGAGCACCCGUGGCUCAUGGAAAACCAUUUGGAACUAUGAUAAUGGCUUUAUUGCAACCAAAGUGCUGCCCGAAGGAACUUGCUACAUCUCCACCAUGAAGAGAGAAGAGUUCCCUGGGUUCGACAGACUUCGCAGCCUGAUUGAAGAGAACAGGGUCCUGGAAGGUGAAGAACAACCCAGAAGGGAGAUCCCAUUCAUCGUCAAGGGACCUGUCCAGGACCUCAACUCCUAUGGCCCAGACAUCUCCAAUAUGUGCAGGGGACUCACAAGCUACAUGGCUUAUGAAGUUCAGGGACCCCAAGACACAUACAAUCAAGGAUCUUGCACUACCCUUAAUAUCUUGCGUGCUGUGGACCUUAAAUACUGCCGUGGCUAUGAGAAUGAGUGA